AUGGAGACACCUCGAUCAGAACAGACCCACACAAAUGCAACUAGCCCGACAGCCUCCAUUGAGUCUGGCCAUGAAAGCCUCGACUAUCUCAACUUACCCUUUCGCGAAGUCACUGAUGGCGCCGACCUUGGUGAAUAUGCCACCGAAACGAGAACAGGAGAGAUCAUCAAGCCUGUCAAGUCCAAUGCAACUGGUAAAAUGGAAGAUUGGAAAUUGGUGACCUUUACGAUCAAUGAUCCCGAGAACCCCAAGAACUGGUCGAAGGCGUACAAAUGGUACUGCACCAUGGUGGUUGCUUUCACUUGUUUCGUUGUCGCCUUUGCUAGUAGCGUUAUCACUGCCGAUCUGGAAGGGCCCAUGAAAGACUUCGGCGUUUCACGUGAAGUCAGCUUGGUUGUUGUCACCGUUUUUGUUAUUGGAUUUGGUGUUGGGCCAAUGGUCUUUGCUCCAAUGUCAGAGAUGUUUGGACGCCGCCCCGUGUAUGCCAUCACUCUCCUGAUUGCCGUGAUUUUUAUUAUUCCUUGUGCCGUCUCCAAAAAUAUUGGAACUCUUAUCGUCUGCCGAUUGAUCGAUGGAAUCGCUUUCAGUGCCCCUAUGACUCUUGUGGGUGGUACUCUUGCAGAUUUAUGGAGAAGCGAGGAGCGAGGUGUUCCAAUGGCAGCUUUUAGCGCUGCGCCUUUCAUCGGCCCAGCCAUCGGUCCACUCGCUGGUGGCUUUUUGGGUGACAACUGUGGCUGGCGCUGGCUCUAUUGGCUCCAGCUGAUCCUGGCAUUUGUUGCCUGGGUUUUGAUCACGUUCACUGUCCCCGAGACAUACACACCGAUAUUGCUAAAGAAGCGAGCUCAGAAACUCCGCAAGUCUGAGAACGAUCCCAAGUAUACCACCGAAGGCGAACUUGAUCCCCGACCCAUGGGCGAGAAGCUUCGCGUCUUCCUAUUCCGCCCUUUUCAGCUUCUUCUCCUUGAGCCUAUCGUUCUGUUCAUCGCGCUCUACAUGUCCGUCUUAUACGGUCUGCUGUAUAUGUUCUUCGUUGCUUAUCCAAUCGUCUACCAGUCCGGCAAAGGAUGGAGUGCUUCCAUGACUGGACUUAUGUUCAUUCCUCUGGCUAUUGGUGUUCUCAUGAGCGCAGCUUGUGCUCCGUUAGUCAACAAGAACUACCUCAAGAUCUCUGCUGAAUGCGGCGGAAAACCCCCUGCAGAGAAGCGACUGAUCCCAAUGAUGUGGUCUUGCUGGCUCGUUCCUAUCGGACUAUUCAUCUUCGCCUGGACGUCAUAUUCCGAUGUCCACUGGUUGGGACCGGCAAUGGGAGGAUGGCCUGUUGGAUUUGGCUUCAUCUUCUUGUAUAACUCGGCCAAUAACUACCUCGUCGAUACCUACCAGCACCAAGCGGCAUCCGCUCUCGCGGCCAAGACCUUCCUCCGUUCCAUGUGGGGUGCUUCUACCGUCCUGUUCACAGAGCAGAUGUACAAUCGCCUGGGCUACCAGUGGGCCAGCUCACUUCUCGCUUUCCUUGCUUUGGCCUGCUGCGCUAUUCCCUACGUGUUCUACUUCAAGGGUGAAUCUAUUCGCCGGUUCUCGAAGUUUGCCUUCAGUGACGACGAGGAGAAGGCCAUCAAGGCAUAA